AUGCAAGAACAGACGCGGCUGCGCCGCGAGGUGCUGAGGUUGAAACGCGAAAUGAAUGCCGUCAGCGCGCAGGACGAGUUCUCCAAGUGGGCCAAGCUGAGGAGACAGCAUGACAAGGCGAUGGAGGAGCAUGAUAGGAAAGCCGCCUCCAUCUCCUCCUCCCGCACCGCCUUCGACAGCACCGCCACGGCGAUCCGCUGGACCUGCACCUCGGGCCUGCGCCUCGCGCUGCAAUUCUGGCACGCCAAAACGCCCGUCUUCACCUACCCGCGCGGCUGGUUCCCCUGGUACAUCGAGUUCCUGCUCGGCUUCCCGCGCUGCCCGUACGGGGGUGUCAGCAUCAACGUGUGGAGCACGGCGUGCGCGACCGUCAUUGCGCUGGUGGGGGACGUGGUGGUCUACCUGAUACAGAGCACGCAGCAAGUGCGAGGAGGCGCGCAGAAGGACAAGGAGAAAGCAAACGGGACAAGGAAAGAGCCGGUGCGAACGUGA